ACUCGUCUGACUCUCUGGUGCGAUUGUUAAGAACAUUCAGAACCCAGUUAAAAUUGAUUCUUAUUUUGUUUCAUAUAAUACCCGUGCAAACAUUUACAUAUUUCAUUUAGUUCGGAUAUUUUAAAUUAUUUUGUUAAUAAUUAACUGGAAAAAAAAACAACCAGCUAAAACGCUGGAAGUGGUCUGAAAGUUAAGCAUAAUAUACGGGAGUAAAGCAAAGUAUCCGGAAGCGGUCCUGCCGAAGGGUCUCGGCCCGAAAUGUCGCCUGUACUCUUUCCUAUUGAUGCUGCUUGGCCUGCUGAGUUCCUCCAGCAUUUUGUGUGUGUUGUUCAGGUUUGAUUCCCGUUCUCCGGUAAUUUGUGAGAAUCGCGGGGACUUCAAGAUCUUUCCAGGCCACGGGUGCUCGGGCUUCAGUCUAUCUCCAAAGAUUGUUCGCAGUGCAUUCCAUCUGAAAGCUAUGGCCCGAACGAUUCCAGGGUCAGCUUCCAUGUGUUGUUCUGGUUAAUGACCAAUCAGACGCCGAGAAAUAAACGAAGAAUAAACUGCUGUUCUUCAGACCAGAGGCCGUGCCCCUGAAAAGUUAGCUCGGUACACUCUCAGCCUGAUUGUGUCCAGAAUUUAACACACGAAGUGGAAAGGUUAACCGAUUGGAACGGAGAUGAGAAGGAAUUUCUUGGGUCUGAGGGUGGCGAAUCGAUGGAAUUCAUUGCCACAGACGGCUGUGGAGGCUAAGUCAUUAGGGAAACGCACUGGGAAAGACAGGAGGCAAUGAGGGGGAAUCGGCUGCAAGUUAAUACAAAACCAGCAAGCGGCAGAUGGGAAGGCAUACAAUUUCAUUUUGGUCAUUGGGAAGUUAUUGAUGGCUGCGAUGAUGGAGGUCAUUGGCAAGUGCAACCAGAUGUAAAGCUCAAAUGCAACCACCUUGAUGUGAACAGAAUUAUUGUUUCAUCGCACUUGUUAAAUACUUUGCAUGGUGCAAGUAAAGAAACAACGAAUGAAGAGCAUUUCAGCCACCAAAAGGGUAAAUGUUCCUCACAACAACUUGCAGCCAAGGAUCUGAACAAAUGUUCUGUUAGCUCUGAGUGUCCAAAUGAGUCAUCAUUGGAGAUGUGCAACCCUGCCCCACCAGUGGCCAAACAUAUAACUGAACCACAAAAUAAUAAUAUUGAAAAAACAACCUCUUCUAACAAUCAAUGUAGAAAGCUCGUGUUGUCCAUGACAAACCAUCAAUCAACUGACAAUCAAUUGAAUGAUUUGAAGCAGGUAAGAGAAUCAAGAUCAGAAAUUUCUGAGUGCCAUGAUCAACGUCACAACGAGUGCUCUGGGCAGCUUUUAAAGAAUAAUGAAACUUCAACAGUAAACCAACUUCCUGCAUUUAAGUUGGAAGGUAAACUACCCACCUGUUCAAAGAUGGAGAAUAAAACUAAAUAUCCCGAAAUUUGCAGUGAAAAGAAGUUUAAUUGGAAGGAAGGACUUUUUCAAGUUAAAGGAACCUCAUCUAAAAGAAAUACUGAUUCAGGGAUAUUAAGAACAGCACAAGAAUCCACUUCGUGUAGUACAAUAGGUCAAACAUAUGCAGUUGACUGUCUUACAGAAAGACCAAUGGACAGGCAGAUCAACAGCAAUCGUUUUCAGGAGCUAGCUAACUUUACAGGCUUAUCAGCACGGUAUCUUGCAACGUGCCAUUUGCAGAACCCGCUUGAUAUGGCUAAAGAAGGUGUAAAUAUAUACCCUGGUGGAAGCAAAAAUAAUCACACUGAUGAUAUUAUUCAAAGUUUAUCCAAAGAACGAAUGCAAAGUAAACGUCAGAAUUAUCAGCUGGCUAGAAUCACUCUGCUGGAAGAUAAAAGUACAUCCCUGGAAACUAUGGAAUGCAUCUCACAGAUGGAUCAACAAGAGUUUGAACGUGCAAAAUCUGUGGCUACAGCAAUGCUUCUUCCAGCAUUCCGCCCAUUUCCUUCCAAACAAUCACUGCAUCGAAAUAAGGGGACAACAAAGUUACAAAAUCAAGCGAAAUACCUGCAAGAAAAUAAUUCUUUAAAAAUGGAUCAUUGCACUUCACAUAUACCAGAUGUACGGUCAGUCCAGAACAUGACAGAAGUGACACUAUCUGAAGGCCAUAUUACUGUAGCUCAGUUAUUGCAAACCAUGACUGAGGGAAUGGAUCAAAAUCGAGAUGCAAUCCAGAUAAGCAGCUGUUUUAAGGAAGGUCACAGAACAAAAGGAAUGAAGAGUAAAGAUCUCAAUGAAGACUUAUUUCUGUUUUUACAGAAAACAAAGAAAAUGCAUUAAGCUGCUAACAGCUGAAUUUUAAGGAAAUGUUGCA